AUGUCGAUCCUCUCGAGCGGCCCCAACUACUCGUACUACUCGAUCCCGGCGGCGUGGGUGCUUGCGAUGGUGCCACACUUUGUUGCGAUUGGACUGGCCAAGGAUCAGUUCACGAAUGUUUCGCCACGUCAGUUGAUUGCCGAUCUGCUGGCCAAGAAGGACAAGACGGCUCUGGACAAGAAGAUCAUCCGUGCCGAAAGUGCGCAGCUCAAUGGGUUCGAGACGCUCGGUCUGUUCGCCGCCGCCGUCGUAGCUGCCAACGUCGCCAAUGUUCCAAACCACCAGCUCAACCAGCUCACCGCUGGCUACCUGGCCAGCCGUGCCCUGUUCAACCUGCUUUACGUCUACGUCACGGAUGAAGCAACCGCCACGCUCCGAACCGGUUCGUACCUCACGGGUAUUGGCAUCAUCUUUACGCUCUUCAUCAAGGCUGGCCUGCGCUCUGCAUGA